CUGACUCCAGACCCAUCUUUGACAGCAAACGUAAGGGCGCAGAAAAGCGAAACCUCAAAACAUGUCGGUCUUCCAGUGACUAUACGUUGUAUUUCCCACAUUUCCAGCAUGUCAGUGAGCGUUUAGGUUUAAAAGCUGUGACUGUGUAAUUUUGUAAAAGGGUCGACACACGAGAUGGAAACUCUUAUUCCCAUCAUUAACAGACUGCAGGAGGUUUUCCUCACAGUCGGAGCCGAGAUCAUCCAGCUUCCUCAGAUCGUAGUCGUGGGAUCACAGAGCAGUGGAAAGAGUUCAGUAUUGGAGAGUUUGGUUGGACGAGACUUCUUGCCCCGAGGUUCAGGAAUAGUGACGCGACGCCCUCUGGUGUUACAGCUGGUGAAUGUGCCAUCGCUGGAGGAGAGGCGCAAGCAAGACAAUGGAAAUGGGGCUAAACAAAACUCUCAAAACACCUAUCCAGGUAUCAAAGCAGAGGAAUGGGGCACAUUCCUUCACUGCAAAAACCAGAUUUUCACAGAUUUCAAUGAAAUCCGGAAAGAGAUUGAGGAUGAAACAGAUCGCAAUACCGAUAAUAAGGGCAUCAGUCCAGAGCCCAUUUACCUGAAGAUCUAUUCCCCAAACGUGCUCAGUCUGACGUUGGUCGACUUGCCUGGCAUCACUAAGGUCCCGGUUGGUGACCAGCCUGAAGAUAUUGAGACUCAAGUCCAAGAGAUGAUUGUGUCCUACAUCUCCAACCCCAACUCCCUCAUCCUGUGUGUAUCUCCUGCCAACUCUGACCUCGCCACAUCUGAUGCCCUUAAACUGGCACGAGAGGUGGACCCAGAUGGUCACAGGACGCUGCUGGUCGUGAGUAAGCUGGAUUUGAUGGACGCGGGGACAGAUGCUCUGGAGGUGCUGCUGGGCCGCGUCAUACCAGUCAGACUGGGCAUUAUUGGUGUGGUUAACAGGAGCCAGCAUGACUUGAACACCCAAAAGUGUCUCACUGACUCCAGCAAAGACGAGCAGGCGUUUCUUCAGCGCCAUUACCCGUCAUUAGCCUCCCGCUGCGGCUCUCGCUACCUGGCUCGCACCCUGAGCCGACUGCUAAUGCAUCACAUCAGAGACUGCCUCCCCGAGCUCAAGACACGAGUCACCGUGCUCGCCUCCCAGUACCAGUCCCGACUCAACAGCUACGGGCAGCCUGUGGAAGACCACAGCGCCACCUUGCUGCAGAUCGUCACCAAGUUCGCCACCGACUACUGCAGCACCAUCGAAGGCACUGCCAGGCACAUCCAGACCUCUGAAUUGUGUGGAGGAGCUCGGAUCUGUUAUAUAUUCCACGAGACAUUUGGAAGAACCCUGCAGUCAAUUGACCCACUGGGAGGACUCACUGAGCUAGAUAUUCUCACAGCUAUUCGAAACGCCACGGGUCCUCGGCCAGCUCUGUUUGUUCCUGAGAUCAGCUUUGAGCUGCUGGUGAAGAAACAGAUCAAGAGACUGGAGGAGCCCAGCAUGCGCUGUGUGGAGCUCGUACACGAGGAGCUUCAGAGGAUCAUCCAGCACUGCUCGGCCUACAGCACACAGGAGCUUUUGCGGUUUCCCAAACUACAUGAUUCAAUAGUGGAGGUGGUUACCAGCUUACUCAGGAAACGUCUGCCCAUUACCAAUGAGAUGGUUCAUAAUCUAGUUGCAAUCGAGUUGGCCUAUAUAAACACCAAACAUCCUGAUUUCACAGACGCUGCCCAAGUGUCUGCAUCUGUCAACAGCCAGCAGGUACUAAAACUCUCUCUCUCUCUCUCUCUCUCUCUUCAAAUCCACACAGGAUUAGUCUUUGUUUUAUCGUCUCUUUCGCAGGCGGAGGCAGGGGAUGGAGGGAAGCGAUGGAAGAAUGAGAAGAUGCCGUCGGAGGAGAAAGGCCCCUUGCCUGGGUUUGGAAGCCCCACCAAAGCCGUCAACCUGUUGGACACGGCCGUGCCAAUAUCCCGCAAACUAAGCACACGAGAGCAGAGGGACUGCGAGGUCAUCCAACGGCUCAUCAAGUGCUACUUCCUGAUCGUGCGCAAGAGCAUCCAGGACAGUGUGCCAAAGACGGUGAUGCAUUUCCUGGUGAAUUUCGUGAAAGAGAAUUUGCAGAGUGAGCUGGUCGGUCAGCUCUACAAACAGCGUCUUCUACAGGAACUGCUCAUCGAGUCUCAGGAAACCGCUCAGCAGCGCACAGAGGUUGCACAGAUGCUGGAGGCCCUCAAGAAAGCCAGUAACAUCAUCUCAGAGAUCCGCGAGACUCAUCUUUGGUAGCCAAACGUUCUCUUGAACAUUCUGUCCAGGAAAGUGUUUACAUGUUUGUGUGUGCGGUAUGUGUGAGUGAAUGACAUAGUUCAAAUAUCUGAAGAAAUUCAAUGCCUCUGCCAGCAUGAACAUUCAACAAAAUCUGUACAGUUUUUCCAAAUGCUCUUUAUUUCUACUGUAUAUGCACUGAUUACAUAACUCUGUGUGUGUGUGCGUGUGCGUGUGCGUGCGUGUGUGUGUGUACUCGGUAGCUCAGAUAUAGUCAACAUAUCAAGUCCAUGUCAUCUUCUUCAACAUUGUUUCUUAAAGGUUUUUCGAGAUUAUGACAAUUCCUCUUUCUUUUAAUAUUAUCCGAAUUGAGUAAUGUCUCACAUGGUACUAAGGACGUCCCA